AUGAGGUUCAUUGUCUCGAACAUCCUCUUUGGUCUAGUCUUAGGAUUUGCCAGUGCCGGCUACGAAAACGGACACCAAGACUUAGGAGGAGGCCUUGAACAAGGAGGCGGUCAUGACCUUGGAGGCGGACAAAAUUAUGGUGGUGGUUAUAAUACAGGAGGAGGAAACGAUCUAGGAGGUUAUGGGGGUGGACACGAAAGCUGGCAGCCGGUUGCUGAGGAACAUGAUCAUAUACCAACUAAAACAAUCGAACACACUCAAGCAGUACCAGUACAUGUGGUGAAGAAAGUUGGCGUACCAGUACCACACCCAGUAGGAGUUCCAGUACCACAAGUUGUGAAAGUUCCCGUUCCUCAGCCUUACGCUGUCCACGUAUCUGUACCACAGCCCAUUGCAGUACCGAUUUACAAGUUGGUACCCCAAGAAAUUGAAAAGAAAGUGCCUAUAACAGUGGAAAAGUUAGUACCAGUAUACGUAGACAAACCAUACAAAAUCGAAAUCGAGAAACAUCAUCCUGUAUACGUUAAUCAACCUUAUCCCGUACACGUACCUGUCUACAAACAUGUUUUACACACGACGAAACAUGGUGGUGGCGACGAAAAACAUGGAUGGAAUUAG